AAGACGACAUCUUUAGAAGAAAGUUGUCUCAAAUCAAUACACUUAUAAUAUAAUUCUUAUAGGCUUUAUUAUCUCUAAGAUAAUGAACCGUGCGUGACGUCAGCAGGCCACGCCCCGCUGCGUCCCGUUGUCACGGCAGCGCGUCACCAGCAGAGACGCGUCACCAGCAGAGACGCGUCACCGUGAGAACAUGAGGCCGAGGUUCUUCACCCCCGCGGAGGUGUCCGCUCACAACACCGCGGCCGACCUGUGGCUCUCGUUCCUGGGCAGAGUGUGUGACCUCACCCCGCUGAUGGAGCAGCACAAAGGAGACGCUCUGCUGUUACCCAUCAUGGAGUCUGCAGGAAAAGACAUCAGCAGCUGGUUCGACCCUGAAACCAAAGACGUGCUCACAUACGUGGAUCCCCUGACGAACUGUGUGAGGUACUACACCCCCAGGGGGCGCUUCGUGCACGUCCCCCCCGCCGGCCCUCGCUCCGACUGGGCCAGUGACGUGGGCCGGCCCUGGUGGAGCGACGAACGCUACCAGGUGGGACGUCUGUCGGCCAAGACCAGGUGGAUACGAAUCAUCAACACGCUGACCUCACAGGAGCAGCGCCUGCAGGUGUGUUCAGAGGAGACGAUGGCUGAGAUCCUCCAGCGUUACCUGCGCUUCAACGCUCACGCCUGCAGCUACACCUGGAAACACGGCGGCGUGCGUCUGGACAUGAGCCGGACGCUCAGCGAGAACAACGUGCCCGACGACGACCUCCAGCUCCAACACCUCCGACUGGACCGAGACCUCUUCAGCCCCGCCGUCCUGCUCCACUACAACGAUGACCUCACUGAGGGCUGACCUCUGACCCCACCACGCUGUGACCUCUGACCCCACCACCAGCAUGUUAAAUGUUCAUGAUUUAUUCUGUUGAUCUCAACAUGACUUUAUCUCUGAUUUAUUAGUAAAAAUAUGGAUUUUGACUUUAAUCUUGAGAAUCUCUCUUCACUUACUUUGAUGGAUUGUGAUGAAAUGUGGUUCAUCAUUCAGGGAGAAUUAUAACCGUGAUGAUGAUGAACUAAAGACA